AUCAACGCCGCCACUUGGACCCCCGACGGCCGCCGCUGCCUGACAGGCACACAGGCAGGCGAGUUCACGAUGUGGGGCGCUUCUUCUUUCCAGUUUGAGACCAUCAUCCAAAGCCACGAGACGCCCGUGCGCACCAUGGCUUUCACCCACAACGGAAACUUCCUGGCCUCGGGGGACGAUGCGGGCAACGUACGGUACUGGCGCACCAACCUGGAGCUGGUGAAGAACGUGUCGGCGCACAAGGAGGCGGUGCGCCAGCUCAGCUUCGCCCCUGGCGACCUAAAGUACGCCACCGGCAGCGACGACAGCACGAUACGGGUCUGGGACUUUGCACGGGUGGCCACAGAGCAGGUGCUGGCGGGGCACGGCGGCGACGUAAAGUGUGUGGACUGGCACCCGACAAAGGCGCUGCUUGUGUCGGGCAGCAAGGACAGCCUGGUGAAGCUGUGGUGCCCCAAGUCGGGGCGCAACGUGUCCACGCUGCACGGCCACCAGGCAACCAUCAUGGCGACCCAGUGGAACGGCAACGGCAACUGGGUGCUGACCGCCAGCCGCGACCAGACGUGCAAGGUGUACGACAUCCGCAUGCAGCGCGAGCUGGCCAGCUUCAAGGGGCACAACCGCGACGUGACGCACGCCAGCUGGCACCCAAUACACGAGGAGCUCUUUGUGUCAGGCGGCCACGACGGCAGCAUGAUCUUCUGGCUCGCCAGCAGGCAGGCGCCGCAGGGCGAGGUGCGCGGCGCACAUGAUGCCUCCAUCUGGGCCGCGGCCUGGCACCCAGCAGGACACCUGCUGGCCACAGGCAGCGCCGACUAUGCCGUCAAGUUCUGGUGUAGG